AUGGACCCCACCAAGCAGAGGCACCGCGACCGGCGAGUCAACCCGCAACUCGUGCUCCUGAAGGUGUCACUGUUCCUGAUCUUCGGUGCAUUCUCUUCGCUCACCCCAUACCUGACGAUCCACAUGCAAAGCAUCGGCCUGACGGUGGAGGAGAUCGCCACCGUCUAUCUGACGCUACUGUUUACCUCCUGCCUGAGCCCACCACUCACCGGCUUUCUGAUCGACCGCUUCGGACGCUACAAACCGGUGCUCCUGUCGGCCAUCGUGCUCAACGCGCUAUCCCACCACUGUCUUCACCUGAUCCCGCCAAGACCGGUUGGCGUCGUAGAGCACAACUUCACCGUGCGUCUGUCACCGGACGGAACGUUCUUGACGGCAGAGGGAACCACGCACUGCCCGGCGCCCACUUGGCCACUUAACCAGGGCUGCCAACAGUUAAGCGGUACGUCCCUCCGACUACUACUAAACGGAACGGAGGAUUGCGGCAUUUACUCCAUUUCUGAGUGCACCAGACGAACGCUCGACCUGAACGCAACCGUCACGGUCCACGAGAAUGGACCAAGAAUCCGCGGAGCCAGCGAGUACGAUCGGACCUUCUGGACCUAUCUGGCGGUCCGCUUCGUAGCAUCGCUGAUGCUCGCCUCGAUGAUCACCGUGACCGAUCCGAUCGCGCUGGACAUGAUCGAGCAGCACGGUGGUGACUUCGGGCGCCAGAAGCUCUACUCCAGCGUGGGCAUGGCCAUCUUUACGCCCCUGACCGGUCUGCUGAUCGAUCUGAGCUCGAGCGACACCGACACCGCAUACGGACCAGCAUUCUACACGAACGAUGCGCUACUCCUGGGAUCGCUCGUCGCCGUCACCCUGCUGCCGAUCGGGGCGAAGAAACCGUCCGCCAACAUCGUCGGCAACAUGGGCCGCAUCCUGCGCCAUCCGCACGUGCUGGCCUUCCUGGUGUUCCUGUUUCUGCUGGGCAACUUCUGGGGUUUCAUCGAGAGCUACCUGUUUGUGAUCAUGCGCUCGAUGGGAUCGCCGAACUAUCUGCUCGGGUUGACCUAUACCGUCGGUACGGUCACCAGCAUCCCGAUGAUGUAUCUGUUGAGCGCGAUCACCGGGCGUGUCGGCCACGUCAAUCUGCUGGUGCUGGCGUUCUUCGCGCACGGCCUACGCAUCCUCGGCUACUCCUGGAUCGACGACCCGUUCUGGUGUUUUCCGAUCGAGCUGAACGAAGCCAUCUCGUGCUACUUCAUGUGGGUUGUCGCCACUACGUACUGUGCCGUGCUGGCCCCCAGCACCCUGGUGGCAACCCUCAUCGGAGUCGCCGGAAUGGUACACUUUUGCCUCGGCAAAGGUAUCGGUGCGUUCGUCGGUGGGUUUCUGAUUGCGCGCGUUGGACUGCGGAUGGCGUUCCGAUACGUGGGCUACACGGCGGUGGGCUGUGGUGUCACGUACAAGCUGGUACACUUGCUGUGGCUGCACCGUUACGACCAGCAGCAGGAGCAGGAGCAAACCCAGAACCCAGUCCUGGCCGAGUUGGUGAAGCGAAGCGCAUCGAUCGUGCCCAAAGCCGACCCGUUCGGAAGUGCACUCUCGUUGCCGCAGCCCAAAACACCCGGCUCCGAGGAGGCCGUACCGCUGGAUGGGAAAGGAUAA